AUGUCAGCAAAUCCUGGCAAAACGAAAUGUAUAACGUUCAGUAGAAAAAAGAACAACUUGGAAACCGACUAUUUCCUUGACGGGAACAGGGUGGAAAGGUGUGACACCAUCAAGGAACUGGGCGUUCAGAUUGAUGCCUCGUUUGAUUUUGGACCGCACAUAAGCCAUAUAUGUGCCAGGGCGUCACGCAUGCUGGGACUGAUCUCUAGGACGUCAAGACAUGGGUUGAGUGCCAACUCCUCAAUGAUCCUGUUCAAGGCCUUAGUUCGCCAGCUGCUUGAGUACGCCUCUGUGGUCUGGUUACCCUACCUCCUCGGCCAAAUCAAUCAUCUUGAAUCAGUACAGAGACGCUUCGUGAGACAUCUUGGUUGCCGCGCUGGGUUCAAUUUCAUGGACGUCCCAGUCGAGGAAAUAUCUGCAGCUUAUGGUCUCCAAAGCUUGGAGUGUAGAAGAAGAGUUGCUGAUGUUGCCUUCCUCUUCAAGCUGCUUAACAACCAGAUCAGCUGCCCUUUUCUGCUCGUGACGAUCAACUUGCACGUUCCCAGAAGUACCAGGCAUCAACGCUUGUUUGAGCUAGACCAUGCGUCGACCAGCUAUCUACGCUUCUGCCCCAUACCACGUCUGAUGCGCUCCGGGAACGAGAUCUGUUCGUCGGUCGACCUUUUCGCUUCCAGUUUGGAGGCUGUUAGGCGAGUGGCAGCAGAGGAACGUGACGCUCUAUAA